AUGGAAGAGAGACUGGACAAAGUGUUGGCCACAAAUACCUGGCGCGAUAGUGUCCCUGGGGCAAGAGUGACUAAUAUACUGACCAGAAGAUCGGAUCAUUCCUUUCUCUUUCUGGGGAUUCAUGACCCGGUAGGGAGGGGGAGGACACGAAGAAAACAGUUCCGGUUUGAGAUGGCAUGGGUCUAUAAUGAGGGCUGUAGGGCUGUGGUAGAGGAGUCAUGGAACGAGAAAAGGCAUGAUGGGCUACACGAGUGCAUUGCAUAUUGUGGAAAAGGGUUAUCUCGUUGGGGGGGUGAUCGCUACCAUAAGAAAAGGCAUGAUGGGCUACACGAGUGCAUUGCAUAUUGUGGAAAAGGGUUAUCUCGUUGUGUCUAA